AUUUGACGGUUCACAUCAUACUCAGAUCAUCCAAGUGCAACCCGACGAGAUCUGCGCAGCAGACUCAAACAACCAAGAAAAAAUGCCAUCACAACAACCGCCCCCGCCGGGGCCGUCGCCCGCCUCCCAACAACAGCAACAACAACCCCCUCCUCCCGCUCCUCCUCCUCCUCCUGCAGCCGCCGAAGAAAGCACGCCGCCUCCCACACCCUACAACAAGUUCACGCACAACGCGGCCAUCGCCAUGGCGGUCCUCGGCCCCAUCGCGCUGCUGCUCCCGACGCGCGGCUCGGCGACCAAGUCGACGCUGCAGAACGCGCUGCUCGGCGGCGCCGCCUUCUGGGGCUUCAACCAGCUGGCCGAGGACUACACGGGCAAGUCGAUCACGGCGCGGUCGGCGGAGCGGUGGGGCGCCAUGCUGGGCGUCUCGUUCCCCUCCUUCUCCUUCUCCUCCUCCAGCAGCGGGGGCGCGGGGCAGGGAAAGGAGGAGGAGAAGGAAAAGGAAAACCAGAAGAAGAAGGAGACAGAGUCGUCGACGUCGCUAUGGCUGCCCACGGAGCGGGCGGUGCGGAACAAGGAGCUGAUGGAGGCGGAGCGGCGGCGGCGGGCCGAGGCGGAGGGCAGGCCGUACAAGGGCAAGGACACGCGCGGGCUGUGGGAGCGGCUGUGGAUGGGCGGGGAGGAGGAGGGGUGGAAGGAGAAGCGGCUGGAGGAGGAGAGGAAGGCGCUGGAGAGCGGGAAGGGGUAUGGCGGGUUGAUUAUGGACCAGGUGAGGGAGGUCUGGGGCGGGAAGGACAAGUCGGGCCGCGAGGAAGGGGACGGGAAGGGGAAAGGGGAGGGGAAGAAGGAGUAGAGCUGGGGGAGAGGAUGGCAAUGGGGACAAAAAAGCUGGGGCUAUUUUGGAAGUCGGAAGGU